UUACACCUGUGUAACAGCGCCGUUCUGUAGGUGCGACUCCUGCUCAGCCGGUGCACCUGCUGCGCUAUUGUGCCAUGUCGGGGGAGCUCAUAACGUGCGAGUUAACAUGCUUACCCACAUCGAGUGACCCGGAGGAGAUUUUAAAGAGAAGCAGGGAGAUGGAUUGUGAGCAGCCCAUUUUCUCUGUGUUGAGCGGCGGUGGGAAGGAGGCGGGGGGCACCGCGGUGCCUAACUCUUGUGGUGGCGGUGGGGCGGCCUCACCGGCUGCGACCACCUCCGAUACCGAGUCCGGGAUCUUCUCUGGUGAAUGUGAGCUCUGUGUGGAGCAUGAGUCUGAGCUGGACUGGUUCUGUGGGACCGAGCAGAAACUCAUCUGCUCUCACUGCGCCAUCGUGGGCUCCUGCCACGGACAUACUGUGACCCCUCUGGCCACCAGAGUUACCGCAGUCAGAAACCAACUGGUGGAUGUGUGUGAGAAAAUGCAGCUGCAGGCUUUGAGGAUUGAAAGGUUUAUCGACCAGACGCUGACAGCCAAAGAGCAAAAGCUUCAGGCAGCAGCGAGCAAUGCGAGGGAGCAGGUGCUGGCUCAGGUCAGCGCAGUGCGUGAAGCCCUGGAGGAGGAGGAGCAGCGGCUCCUGGAGGAGGUGCAGAGAGAAGAGGAGCGUGUGGAGCAGUGUCUCCUCACCCAGAAAGCCCACUGGAGCCAGGCUUUGGCGAGUUUGACGCAAACACGCUCACGUCUGGUGCACACACUGACGCACACUCCUGAUGCACAGCUGGUGACUAGUGUCCAGGACAUAGCUGAAAGGGUGGAGGAGGCUGAGGGGGUUGGGGAGCCCUGUGACACAGACCAGCUCAACCUGAACACAGGCUGCAGUGACAGCAAGCUGCUGAGAGGCCUGUGGGCCGCUGCAGUGCUGCUCGGGCCAAACGCAUAUGGAUCAUCUUAUUUAAAGUUUGACGAGCGCACAGUGAGCCCUCUCCUGUCACUGUCUGAUGACCUCUGCACUUUGACCUUCCUCCAUAAAAAAGCCCGCCAGGCCCUUCCUUACGACCCAGCACGAUUCGACUGUUGGCCCAACGCGCUUGGCUCACUGUCUAUGUCCUCUGGCACCCACAGCUGGGUGGUGGAUGUAGGCCAGAGUGGUGCCUUUAAGGUCGGGGUCUGCUAUGCCUCUCUAGAACGCAAAGGCUCCGGGAACGAGGCGCGGCUGGGCUACAACACUCAGUCCUGGGUGUUGUCUCGCUACGAUGGGGACUAUUCUUUCUGCCACGCUGGCAAGAAGGUGCCCCUGCAGGUGGUGAGGACGCCCCAGAGGAUCGGCCUGCUGCUGGACUGGCCGAGUCAGACGCUGCUGUUUUACGAGCCGCACUCCGGUGCCGUGCUGUACUCUGUCACGCAAAACUUCAGUGCCCCACUGCUGCCGGCGUGUGCCGUGACUGACCGCAGUAUCACCAUACUGCACUGACAAGACUGUCCACACUGGCAACAAACUAAUUUACCUUAAACAUGUGAAGAAAUGGAAUGGAGAGAAUUUCUCUGAUGUUGAUAUGAUCAGCAGUGAAAGAUUUUCCAUCUGUGCAAAAAUGAAAACUUCAUAAUCAGCAUCAGUUUCUAUUUAUUGUAUUUGCUGUGGUAGCUGCUGAUUUUUUUUUUACUUUUUUUAAUGACUUAAUAGGUUUAAAGAUAUUAAUCUGUUGAUCCUGUGAUACAGUAGUUGUGUUAUUUUGACUGACAAUAAUUGUUUUUAUGAGGAUUGUUCUUGUUUUUAAUAUAAUAGUUUGUAUAAUUGGUUUAGUCCACGUAAUGAAGCCUCCCAAGACUUGUUAUAGAAAAUAUUAAUUACAGUAUACUGGUUGAUCCAGGGCUAUUUUAAAUGUUAUGUGGCACAUGCUCAGUAAACUAAUUAUUACAA